UGUCCACGUGUGAUAAGUUUAUGUUUAUUUGUGUCCGUUUGGUGUAUUAGUUUUAAGAUCAGUAAUUAAAUGUUGUUAUGUUUUGGAUUAGUUAACGUGUCAUAGUAUGUUCAAGCUACGCGUAAAUCACUACAUCAGUAUUAUUUUGUUUAUUGUAAUCGCAUGUAUACUCGUUAGUGGCAGUGAUCAAUCUCAAAAUACGAAAGAGGUUAAUCAUGAUGGAACUAGUGACGAGACGGCUGCAGGUGACCAUGGUGAAACCAAGAAAUUAUCAGGAAUUACCAAAUUUAAGAAAUUGUUCAGUGAGCACCGUGUGAUGCAGCUGAAUGCGAUCAAGUCACUGCAACAUUUUGGAGACUACACCCAGCGAUUUAAGUUGGUUGAGAUCAUGUUGCAGCAACUUUUUUCAGUCAUGUCCCGCGCCAGGGCAAAUCUAACAGAAUGGGGCCAUCUUCCUGGGGACCCCUUUCCAGAUAAUGAGACCAUCCAAGAAUAAAUACUUUAAUCAAUGGUGAAAAUGUUCUACUGCAUCGAAACUACCACAAGAGAAAAAUGCUACUAAAAGAAAAAUGGAGCGGGUUUCUUCUCUGAGACUAUAUGUCAAAAUUACCAAAUGUUUGACAUCCAAUAGCUGAUGAUUAACAAAUCAA